UACACGCCGCAGGCGCCGCCGCCCGCGCCCGCCGCCAGCUGGGCGCUGCUGGCGGCGGGCGACGCGCGCCACUACUCGGCCGCCUGGGCCGCCUUCGCGGCGCACGUGGGCUGGCGCCGCGUGGCCGUGCUGAGCGAGCUGGCCACGCGCGCGGCGCUGGACGUGACGGACCUGGCCGCCGACGUCCUCGUGCACGUCGAGCUGCCCGCCGACACCGACGACCUCGACCUGGACAAGAUCACACAGUGGGCAGUGCGCGCGGCGACCGCGCACGCGCGCAUCCUGUACGUGUGCGCGGAGGACGCGCGCGUGGUGCGCGCGGCGCUGUGCGCGGGCCGCGCCGCCGGCCUGGCGCCGCCCGCCGUCUGGCUGCUGCCCGGCGCCCUGCCGCCCGCCUGGCUGCGGCCGCCCGCCUCCGACACGCACAACUGCACGCACCAACAACUACGCGACAUGGCCGAGGGACACCUCAGCGUGGCGCCCGCCUGGUUGGCAGAUUGGGAUGAGCGAAGCGACGCGUCCGCCGACAGCGAGGAGGGCGCCUGGCGACGGCAGUGGCGCUCGCGAUGCCUGCGCGCGCGCGCGUGCGGGCGGGGCGCGUGCGGCGCGUGCGGGCGCGCGCCGGGGCAGGCCGCGCUGCUGUACGACGCGCUGCGCAUGUGGGACGCGGCGCUGCGGCGCCAGCUGCGGGCGCACCCCGCCGCGCUCGACAACCUGCACCACGAGAGUAUCGCCAGAGCAUUAAUAAAAGACGUAACCACGUCGAGUUAUAGCGGGCUCACGGGCAAGUUCGAAUGGAGCGAGGACGCCAGUGGAGCGCGCGUCCGUCUGGCGCCCGUCGUAGUGCAGCAGUGGAGCAACGGCACGCGCCGGCGCCUGGGCGUCUGGAGCCGCGCCGCCGGCGCCGUGCUGGCGCUGGCCGCGCUGGCGCUGGCGGCGCUGCUGGGCGCCAGCGCGGCCGCCGCCUGCCACUGCAAGCGCCGCGCCGAGCGCAAGUACCGCGCGCGACUGGCCGCGCUGGGACUGACGCGCCUCGACCCUAAGCCCGGCGGCCUGGACCGCUGGGAGAUCCCGCGCGAGCGCGUCGUUAUCAAUAGGAAGCUCGGCACGGGCGCCUUCGGCACCGUGUACGGGGGGCACGCGCUACUGGCGGAGGACCGCGGCUGGUCCGCGGUCGCCGUCAAGACGCUCAAGGCCGGCGCCACCACCGAGGAGAAACUCGACUUCUUAUCCGAAGCGGAGGCCAUGAAGCGCUUCGACCACAAGAACGUAGUGCGACUGCUGGGGGUGGUCACGAAGACGGAGCCGGUGUGCACCGUGAUGGAGUUCAUGCUGUACGGCGACCUGAAGAACUACCUGCUGGCGCGGCGCCACCUGGCGGCCGCGGGCGCGGGCGAGGCGGACGAGGUGUCGGCGCCGCGGCUGACGGCCAUGGCGCUGGACGCGGCGCGCGGGCUGUCGUACCUGGCGCAGCUGCGCUACGUGCACCGCGACGUGGCGGCGCGCAACUGCCUGGUGUCGGCGCAGCGCGUGGUGAAGCUGGCCGACUUCGGCAUGACGCGCCUGGUGUUCGAGCACGACUACUACCGCUUCAGCCGCAAGGGCAUGCUCCCGGUGCGCUGGAUGGCGCCGGAGAGUCUGGCGCUGGGCGUGUUCUCGCCGGCGUCCGACGUCUGGUCGUUCGGCGUGCUGCUGUACGAGAUCGUGACGUUCGGCUCGUUGCCGUUCCAGGGCCUGAGCAACGCGGAGGUGCUGGCGCGAGUCAAGGCCGGCCAUACCCUGGAGCUGCCGCCGGGGUUGAAGCCGCAACUGGAGGGACUCAUCAAGUCGUGCUGGCAGGCCGAGCACAAGGCGCGGCCCAGCGCCGCCGAGGUGGCCGCCUUCCUGGCCGACUCGCCGCGCCUGCUGGCGCCCUGCCUCGACCUGCCGCUGGACGCGCUGCCGCUGGACCUGGAGCCCUGGCAGCACGCGCGCGACCGCGCCGAGGCGCGCUGGGUGUCGUGGGGCGCGCCGGCGUCGGGCGCGACGGACACGACGUACCUGAGCGCGGACGCGCCGCCGGCGGACACGGACGCCUUCCUCUCGUGACGCUGCGAGCCGGGACCCGCUCGACUGCUCAAGCUUUACACGUAAAUCAUUCCGACACUUUUCUAGUCAAAAUGCAGGUAUAAAUAUAGGAUUAUUAUUGUAAACAAUCUAAAUUAAAAUGUAAAUAGGUACCUAUAUUGAUAAGUUUUUAAUAAAAGUAU